AUGGCUUCUGACAAGCCAAAGCUAAACGGAAUGGCCGCCGAGUUUACACCCCGUGGAUUUGGCGUUCAACAGAAUAUGACGAACCAAACGCAAGAUUUGAGCCAGCUUCAGAAUAUGAUCAACCCGGCUGCGCUUCAAAAUCUUCUUGCUUCUCCGGAAUCAAAGCUUUUCCAACAGAUGCAGCAUCAGCAAUUGCAGCAACUACAGCAGCUUCAUCAGCAAAACAUGCGUCUUGCCGCUGCUUUUAGCCGGUCCCAAGCCGGUCUGUAUAACGCCUUGAUGAGCCAAGGUCUCAAUGCAAAUGCGGUGGCGAUGAAUGGGCGAAAAGUGCAAUCAGUGGCCGACCAAACGAAUGCUGAAUUUGAUCAUUUUCCAACAAGAGAGGUCGAUUCGCCUCCAGCUCCCCUUCCUGUCGCUCAACCAAAAUCUAACUCUGGCCACAAAUCCGGUCCUGACUCCAAUAAAGACUCCGCCUUUGACGACAUCUCCGACGACUCCUCCGACUCCAACGGCUCCUCCUUCCUGACUGGUGAUCUUGAAGAGCGCGAAAUUCCAGAGCCCGAAGUUUUGCGACAGAUUUGUAUGCAACUUCAAGAAGAUCAAAAGCUCACUCGUGACUGGCGAGUCACCUCUUACGCUCUUCGAAUGAGCAACAAAGUCGAACUUUCCAGCGACGGAAAUCGAGUGAAACGAAUCGCCAAUCUUCCUGACAACCUUCGCCGGGGCCGAACGAUGACAUCCAUUCUCGCGAUCCGCGUUCCUGACGAUUGGGCGACUCUAGAAGCAAUUACGAACAUUUUCUCUGCGUAUGGAAAUAUCACUUUGGCGCGAGUUCUUAGACCAGGAAGGCCGAUUCCUGCGGAUUUGAGGAAUUAUGCGACGCAGAUUCCGGAUAUGGGAAAUACCACCUGCGCCGUGGUUGAUUUUGACUCAACUGAUUCUGCGCACGAAUGUUGCCGCGGACUUCGAGACCAAAAUCUUCAUGGAAUGCGAAUCGCUCUUCUCGGCCCUAGAAUUCGACGAACUCUUUACAAGUCUGAGAAGAAGAAGUUUCCUGAGAACAACAAAACGCACCAGACUAAUCAAGUCCAAGCCCAUCAUCAGCAAAAACAACAUCAGUACGGAAACCAACAAAUGAUUGACCAGCAUAAUCAGCGGGCUCAUCUUCGAAAUGUGACAAAAGAAGAAGGCCUCCGAAUCAUCCAAUCGUACUUUCAAGCCAACCAGCCGCAAGUUACACCGAAUGAUCCGCUAGAAUUUCCACCACUUGGAGCUCCAGCGCAAAAUCCAAUCAACUCGCUCGAGGCGAAUAUGAAGAAAAUGACCGUCCAGAAGCAAAAAAUCAACCCACCAAAAUGGCCGCUUCCAAAUCAAAAGCCCAAAAUGGCUGAGAUUGUUGCUCAGGGCACUGCACAGCGACACCCGCUGCGAGCUGACAUUUCUGAAGAUUCAGUUAUCAGUCAGAAGUCAGGUGGCGCCCUUGGCUGGUCAACCGACCAAUCUGAAUCUUGGUCCCCCUGGUCGACUAGCUUCAGCUUUGAUCGACGAGAGAGCAGCUCGUCCAAUGCCAGUGAUGAUUUCGGAAGCCAACUGCUAAUGGCUCCAACUGAGACGAAAUUUGAUCAGAUCCCAAGCAUGGGACUUGGCGACAUCUGGAGCUCCACAAGCAAUACCGAAUCUAAGUGGUAG